AAGGUCAGGCAGGCAAGAUGGGUGCUUUCUGUGGCCGUUUCAAGGAAGAGUAUCAGUCCACCGUGGGCUCGGAGUAUGGAGAGGACGCGCAGACCCUCACUUCCACAGCGGGUUCGAGAUCCUUCAUCGGCAAUGCAGUCAAGAAGAAGGCAGGAGGAAUGGCAAGGAAGGCAUCAGCGGGGCAGCUGGAUGACGAGGUGAUGGAGGAGCGAAGGCGGCAGCUGCAGGCCAGUGCUGGCGGGGGAGGCUUCCCGAUUGUGCUCGCACUGGCGCCAUGGCUCGUGCCGAGCAGGAAAGGUACGGCGAGAACAGGAAAGAUACGGCAGAACAGGAGAACAACCACGGGUGAUUGGCCCUCUGUCCUUUCGCCUCUCUUCAGAUUUGCCCAAUCGCGGUGAACAGGAUGUCUUGGAGUUUGUUGCUCAGCACAACCGGUUUUCGAAGGUGGGGGAUUCCUGGCCGGCCAUGAGGACAAAGGCCUCCUGUGUAUGGUGUGCUAUCCCCUUUCAGACCAGCCUGGCAGACAUCCACAAGCUUGACAAGGUGCAAGACCGCAUGAAGGGCCUCAUUGCUCGUUUGUGUCUGUUCUGUUUCUCAUUCUUCAGAGUCUGUACAGCGUCGAGAUGGUGUCCUGCCACCUCACCGAAUUCCCUCCAGUAAGGCAGGGACCAGUCAUGUAAGCUGCACAGGCACAUCGGCUCAUCUCGUGUGUGUAUGCAGCAAAUCGAGGACUGCAGCUUGCUCUUCAAGAUCCGGUUUUCACACAACCACAUCAUCAGCAUACCCCAGAAGGCAAGUCACACAGACACUCAUCACUGGAUUCAUAGGAGUAUCUGUGCAUGUCUCGCUUGACUCAUUCGCGCAGAUCGGUGACCUGGCCCUGCUGACUGACUUGGUCCUUGGUAAGACAACACCAAUGGCGUAUCUGUGCAUGCAUUGCAAUGGCGGAGUCUGCUCUUGUGCUGGUUGAUGUGUGCCAGAUUGGAAUGACAUCCGCAACCUCGACCAGGGCAUCUUCGAAAAGGACGCCUUCAAUGGCCUCAAGAGGCUGCAGCUCGACCACAACAGACUGGUGACCGGCAGAAAGACACACGAUCCAUCGUCCACAUCAGCCAGCCAGUCGUCGUGUCUCGGCCGCUCACACACAGAUGAGUCUUCCGACCGAUUUCGGCAUCGGCUUGACCAGCUUGACGUAUCUCGACCUCUCCAACAACCGGCUGCAGUCACUCCCAGAGAGCAUCCUCCAUAUAAAGACCCUCAAGUAAAUUGCCAUCAAGAGAGGGGCGAGGGGCGUGCGUGCUGGUGUGUAUGUCCAGGCACUUUGCCGCGGACCACAAUCUGCUGCAGCGUCUGCCAGAUGAUUGGGGCCUGUUGACAAGUCUCGAGAAGCUCUUCGUGUCCUUCAAUGAACUCACCACCCUCCCACCAACCAUCGGGGUAUAUGAAUGAGCUGCACCUGCGACUCCCAAAGAUGACGCUUGUUCGUCUUGUCGUGACUGCAGAGCUGCACUAACCUGAUCAAGAUCCGAAUCAUCUCCAACCAAAUCAGGUGAGUACAAGCAACAAAUACAGCGGCUUUAUGCAUGGCGUUUCUUCUUAUGCCAUGGAGUUCAGGUCCCUGCCCAUGUCGAUCCUGCAAUUGUGGCAGGCGAGGGGCGGGGGCAAGCUCCAGGAGCUGCUGGUGGAGGGCAACCCGAUGACCUGUCCACCUAUCACCGCGUUCGACUGGUCCCUGGACAAUGCGUUCAAGCUCUUUGAAGAACAGACGCACGCGCAAAGGAGGGGAAGCCUGUCAUCGGCGCCGUCGAUGUCAGAGGUGACAACGAUACACGCCUUGGGAGAGGUCUUGUUGAAUGCGUGGGUGGGUGGGUAUGUACAUGUCUUGUACCUGUCGUAUGCUUCUGUGAGGGAUGAAGAUUCAAAGGACCAGGACGAGUCUUGUGAAGCGCUCCAUUCCUGAGGACUCUGCGCAGGCAAGUGGAGUCUGCCUGAGUGACUUGAGUGACUUCUGUGUCCCCUCUGUUGCCUCUCUCGGACAGAGGAAGCCCCUUGAGCGACAGCAAACACACAGUGAGCCACUGUCUCAUAUAGAUUCGCAUGGAUGCCCGCCUCUCCUUACAGCCUGCCCGUGCUUGUGUGUCAGUCGAGUUGAAUGAGCAGGGGAUGGAGAUCGUGAGACACUCCGACGGCAGGGGACAGGUCGUGCAGUCGGAAGAGGCGCUGCUAUCACAAAAUGGUCAGUCAGGAAGCCAAUGAAAAGGCAGCUGACUGUCCGCAAUCCUUGUCUCUCUUGCGCCUUUCUUGUGUACUGUUCUCUUGCCUGAGCAGCGCCUAUCAAGAAGAGGCCCCUCGGCACAUUCAUCGGUAGACACAUAUUGUGUGUGUAAAACCAAUGUCGAUACGACAGCUCCUGUCCUGCACACCUUGUGUAUCUCUGCUGCAGAGACAUCAGCCGUUGUGGACUUCGCGGCAACCGAUCCAGCCGUGCCUCCCUCACGAGGAAGGAAGCAGACCCGUCUCGUCACCUCGUCCGCCGCUGCCCCACACCAGCACACAUCUGCAGCUCAGCUGCGCUUAUCGCUGGCUGAUGACGUGCCUGAGGGAGACGCGGAGCUCGACAUGCUGAGCCCUACGGCGGAGGAGAGGGUGGCGAGGGUGUCGUCCGCAUACUAUUUCAGUGAUUUGUCUGAAGAACAGGUAGGCAGGUGGCCACUAGGCGCGGAUGAAGGUGUUGGAGCGAUGGAUGGAUGCAGCGUGCGGAGCUGCGGAGCACGGAGACGUCAAUACUCAUCGCGAAGAAGGAGAAACACCUGCGCAGCCUUGAAUCGAUCGUAGGCGCUCUCUUUCAUGGGGCCCUCACAUUCAUCUGUCGGCAAACCUUUGUCUGUUCCUUCUGCAGACCAAGACCGUGGCCCCAUCAGCGGCUCAACAAGACAAAUCUGGGUCGGUGCACCACUGGCGCGGGGCUGUAUACGGGAGAAGACACAUACUCCUUUGGCUCCCAUCUCAUGAACAGGGAGAGUGGUGGUGUUAUGGGCAUGCUAGGACAAGGAGUGAGUGCCUCCUGUACUAGUCAGUCAUGUGGAAGUCGCAUUCAUGUGAGCGUGCAUGCAGCUCAAGGCUGUCAAGGAUGCAGUGAUGGGAACUGGCGAUGAAGAACUGGACAAAAGAAGAAAGAAUCUCGUCUCAGGUGCGCUAAAAAAAGGCAUGCAUCAGAAUGGCUCCAUGUCCUUUUGUUUGGUCCAUUGAAGAGGUGAUCGAGCCGAUGACCCUCGACCUUUGCUUCUGCUGCCUCGUCUACUGCACCAAGCGAAAGGCACGCACGUGAGACGAAAAGGCGCAGGCUGCCACAAAGUGAGGGCGCCUCGAGAAAUGGGUCUCUGUGUGCACAUCCUACAGGUGUAAAAAGCUGUAUCAACAGUACAUGGUCAGCGUAUCAACCGGCCGCGAGAAGCGAUCCAAGAAGGAUGCGGCCGGGUGGACGAGAGCGGUGGGAUAGCAUGACACGAGACACAUGAGUGGGGGAUGCUGGUCCUCUCUCCUUGACAUCAGCAUUGGCACGAGUUUGUGCUCCAAUCGGGUCUUCGAUUCACAUCAGAGAUCGAAGACACCCUGUUCGAAAGUAAGUCAUUCAGACGCAGGAGCACUCCACCUCAUCUCUGCUUGUCUUCCCGCAUGCAGUCAUGUCCGUGCGGACACAUGGCAAGGGCGACUACAUCCCUGAGAUCGGUACACACACACACAGCGGCAGCACGCUCAGCCGCACAAGCUCUCGCCCGUUGUCAGAUUUCAUGGCGACAUGGCAUGCCCACGACUUGGAGAGCAAAGAUCCAUUCAUCAAGCGCAUGUGCCACACGUACAAGAUGGAGUACUACUCAUUAACGACCGAGGAGAUGCUUCAGCGAGUCACCAACAUCGACCAGGGCUGCAGCGCAUUCGACGAGCGGCUCGUCACUCGCGAACAGCAGGACGGCGAUGUCACGAACAACACCCUCCCAGACACCAUUAUUGGGGAAAGAAGGAGCCACUUCCGGAUGUAUUACCGAGACAAGCCUGGCAAGGCCAGCCAUCGGACACACGCACUCGAGGCGGCCCUCAAGCGCGAGAGAGACACCCCGACAAAGGCGGAAGCGAUCAAGCAACAGGAAGCGGCAUCACCGGAGGACGGUGUCGAGGCAGGCAAGGUGGGUGGACAGGACGGUGCUGGUCGUGAAACGGCCGUGGCGAGUCUCGUGUCGCUGACAGACGAAGAGCUGACGGUCUGGAAAGGUCAGGUGAUGUGGACGGGGUCUGCAGACAAGCAGUCCAUCUGGUGUGUGUGCCCAUGAACGUAUCCACGCAGCGUUGCGCGAGCGGGAUGAGAGCUGUGCAGACGAGGGAGACACCGCCGAGGCGGUGCGGCUGGAGUUCUCGGAACCCUCAAUCCCGUCAGACGACCUGUCCCUCGACGCACAAGAAUUCAUGGUGAAUAAAGGCAACUCAGGGUAGGAGACGCACACAUUGCUUGUGUGCCUCCAGUGCUCCACACAUCGCUCGCGUGACUCCCCUCCCUCCAGCAUCCAGCCAACCCCACGGUCGACAUCGAUGGCCUCGGGCAGACGAGCCACCGCCGCCAACGGCACGCAGCGCAUCGGGCUCACGACCAAACACUCAUUCGUCGUCUCGGGCACAGCCAAGGACAGUCUAGCCGCCAAGUCUGAUGACGAUGUGGGCGCGGGUGUUGGUGUGAAUGGUGGCGUGUCGGGUAGCUUGUUUGCCGGUGUUGACUUCGAUAAGCUCAUGACGGAGCCGCUGGAUUGGGAGACGACGGGAACCGAAGCAGGGACGGGGAGAAGAUCGAGUGAGAAGGACAAACACAGAGAGAGAGGCACUCGUCUUUGUUGAAUUUCGUUUGAUAUCCCGUGUGCUUUGUCGUCCGUCUGUCUGCAGCGCGGAGAAUCAAAGAGCGGACUCCAAACAUUAUCCUUCCGGAGACCAUGAACUCGCCAAAGACACACACAGGUAUCACACCCAUACCGAAAGCGCCAAAGCAUGACUUCUCUCUCUUCUUCCCAGCAGCCUUUGGUGAGCUCGACCAGGACGUUGCUCUGCAUCCCGCCUUGCGCGACAACGAGCGGCAGCGUCAGAGCCGACGUACAAAGGCUGUCGGCCGACUCGCAUCAGGAUUCAGGGACAGCCGAUUCCUCACCAACACUCUCGAGGUCCGGCGACAGCUGCGGGCGGUGUAUCGGUCAAUGCCAUUCGAGGAGUUCCAGCGGCUGAUAGUGUUUCUGCUGCGUAGUCUGCGACACAUCAAGUCUUACCAACCAGCUGUGUCCAUCCAUUUCCUGCAAGUGGACGACCCCGUGUUCAAGGUGGGCAGCUGGCUUUCCUUUGCAGGCUUGUGUGUGUGACUUUCUGGAUGGAUGUCUCGGUGCAGGCUGCGUGUGGUGACACUUCGGUGCCGUCUCCGACCACAGUUCUGCUUCAAAAGAUGGGAUUCGUCUUUGUGCUCGAUCGGUUCUGGGUAUGUACACAAGCAAACCACUUACUGACCCUGUGGAGGCACGUCUGUCUGUCUGUCUGUCUGUCUGUCAAAGAUAUGGCCGGCCGUGCAUGCUCCCUACGUAUGCGGCCUCCCCUGCAGCUCGUCCCAAGCUGACGCAGAGACCUCGCGAAUGGCUGCCUCCCAAGCAGCCGCCCUCCCACGCACCAAGAAGAGCCUGACAGCGACAAAAGAGUCCAGCCCCUCCCCCCGACCCUCCCUCUUGGCCAACCCCUGGGCGGCCCUGUCGAGUCUGGCCAUGAGUGUUGGCAAGAUGACGUCAAGCGCUGGCAGCAUUCCUCCUCCAAUCAGCCCCAAGACGCCAUCGCCGCGAGCCAAAGCUGCUCGCGAGGCGACGCCCCGGUCACAGGCUGCGUCGACGCUGAGCGACCCUGGAAACAGCUGGCUGCACAAGGUGCCAAUGAUGCAAUGUCCGACCAGCGGAGAGGUUGCAGGGGGCAAUCACAUGAUGUGUGUUGCUGUAUCUGUCAGAUGGUCCCUGCCGACUGUCCUGGUCGCCAUCGUGCGCGUCUCGAUGACCUCAUGCAGCUCAUACAUUUGUAUCAGGUGAGGAUCCUUGCUGAUGUGGUCAAGUCUUCUCCUGUGCGUCACGUGAUGUGCGGUGGUGUCUCAGGCGAAGAUGAAGCAGAUGGGUGACAGGUUUAGAGGCGACUGCGAUCUGUAAGUAACUAAGGUUUGACUGUCGAUGUGUAGAAAUGACACGGACAUCCCCUCGGCGAUAGAGUGC